GAAUAAAGUAACUAUUGGUAUAAUUGGUAACUUGAAAAUUCUCCGAAGAAUAUGUUGAAUAAUAUGCUUUGCUUGUGGGAUAUGACUCAGGUGCAUAAAUGGUCCUUUUUGUUUGGUUUAUUCAUGUUUAGAAAAUUGUAAAGUAGUUAAAAUUGACCAUGGUAUUAUCGUAGUACCAAAUCACAUAUGUUUUAAUCUUUUACUCUUGUUCCAAAAUUACCUGCAGAUUAUUUGUUAUACCAGAUUAUAUAUAUUGUCUAUAUCCCUGUAUAUAUACAGAAUAAAAUAUAUUAGACUAAAUAAGGUAAUAAAUAUUAUUUUAUACUAUUUUUAAAAACUUAAUGCAUUGUAACAUCUAUGGUGAAGGAUUGUACUUGAGGAUAUGUCCUUUGUUAUGAUCGUAUCUGGUAGCAACCGUGUUUUGAAGACUUGUAGAAGAUCCUGCAAGCAUGAAAAACAUAACUGAGUUCCCUUCUGGCUUCUCUAAUUCUGUUCCAAGUAAUUUUGUUGUCAUAGUGAGGUGGUGAUUGCAUUGAACUUUCAAAAUGAAUGAUGGUAGGCAAAUGGAGUUGCAGUAUGUAGAUACUGGGUUUCCCUAUACUGUUUCUGAAAGCUUCAUGGAUUUCUUCCAAUGCCUCACCACGCACUUGCCUGUCAAUUACGCUCACGCUGGCUCAGUGCUCGAUCAGGAAAGUAUCUACUGGUCAAUGAACAUGAACCCUUACAAGUUUGGAUUGUCUGGCCCAGUAACUACAUGCUAUUAUGGUUCUUACGAGAUAAAUGAUCAUUUUCCAAGAAUGGAGAUGGAUAGGAGAGAGUGGGAAUACCCUUCAACAAUAGUCGUGGAUGAACCUACUCCAACUGACUCUCCAUCUGGAAGAGAUGGAGUCACAAGCAUGCAGACCAUCCCAGAAGAAUGCAGUCCAAAUCAUCAAGAAUCCAGUAGUAGCCAGGUCAUGUGGCAAGACAACAUUGAUCCCGAUAAUAUGACAUAUGAGGAACUACUGGACCUGGGUGAGGCAGUGGGAACUCAUAAUCGUGGUCUUUCCCAAGAACUUAUUGAUACACUUCCAACCUCAAAGUACAACUUUGGGAGCUUAUUCAAAAGAAAAAGUUCUGCUAAAAGGUGUGUGAUUUGUCAGAUGUCUUAUAGAAGAGGUGACCAGCAAAUAAAAUUACCAUGCAACCAUGUUUACCACAGUGAAUGCAUAACAAGAUGGCUUAACAUCAGCAAGAAGUGCCCAGUUUGUAACAUUGAGGUAUUUGGUGAGGAUUAAUCUAAUUAGCAUCAACAUGAAAAAAAAGAAGAUACAGAAGCAAAUUGAUUUUCCUUCUUGCUCCAUUAAUAUUUUCCCUUAUUUUAUCCAGCUCUUUUUCCAAUUUAAUUGUUUACACGCAGAUUUAUUGUACCAGAAGAACCUGAACCCUUUCAUGUCACAUGGUACAUUUUGAUAAUAGAAACAUUCAAUAGUAAUAUAUUAUAUUGGUUAAUGUA